CCUGGAAAAUGUCCUGUUUCUGGGAUGGAUCCCAUCCCACUGUUAUCACUUUCCCCAGCAGGGGCUAGGGAACUGGGAGCUGGCAACCUCUUCCCUCCCUCUUGCACACCGCCGCUGUUUUGCUGCCUCGCUCUGAGGCUCUGGGACAAAGUAAAUAGAGAAGAAGCUACAGCAAGAGCAGAAGCAGAAGCAGAAACAGCCCAAGCGGCAACAACACACACAAGGCAGUACAUACCUCGCUCAACCUUCUGCUGGGCCUUCUCACAAUGAGGAUCCUAGGACGGCGCUGCGUUGGCUUCAUUCUGAGUCUCAUUUUCAUGAUCCAGACCUCAGACGCAGUAAACUCUAUUUUCCCUGAUAACAUACCUGGAUCCCAACCUAGAUCCACUUCACUGGUGCCACUCUUCCAUGAUGGAGGGAAGGAAUCCAUCAGUAAGGCAAUUUUAGUUUUGUCAAAGCAGCAUGCCUCACAGAUCCUUAUGAGGAAGCGCAGAGCAAACACUUUUAUGGAAGAAACUAAAAAAGGAAAUCUAGAACGAGAAUGUAUUGAAGAGCUGUGUAACAAAGAAGAAGCUAGAGAAGUAUUUGAAAAUGAGCCAGAGACGAACUAUUUUUAUCCGUUAUACCUAGGUUGCCUUGGUUCUUUCCGAGUUGGGUCAUUUGUAGCUGCACGUCAAUCAACCAGUGCUCACACAGACCUGAGGAGUUGUGUCAAUGCAAUCCCAAACCAGUGCAGUCCUCUCCCCUGUAAUGAAGUUGGCUACGAACGCUGCAUAGAUGGUCAAGCCCAAUUCACUUGUGUUUGUAAACCAGGAUGGCAAGGAGCAAAGUGUGAAGAAGAUAUCAAUGAAUGUGAAGAUCCCUCUUACGUAAAGGGAGGUUGUAGUCAAAUCUGUACAAAUUUGCCUGGAACCUACCGCUGUUCCUGUGAGAGUGGCUUCUAUUUGCUUUCUGAUAAAAAGGAUUGUAGAGAUGUGAAUGAAUGUGCUUUGUCAUCAAAAGUCUGUGGGACAGCCUCGUGCAAGAACACCCCAGGGGACUAUGAAUGUGAAUGUCCCAAAGGCUACAGAUACAACCCCAUGGCAAUGGAAUGUGAAGAUGUGGAUGAAUGUGCAGAAAACAUAUGUGCUCAACUUUGUGUCAAUCACCCUGGAGGAUAUUCGUGCUAUUGUGAUGGGAAGAAAGGAUUUAGGCUUACUCAAGAUCAGAAGAAUUGUGAGCCUGUUCCAUUGUGUCUUCCUCUGAACCUUGAAAAAAAUUAUGAAUUACUCUAUCUGGCAGAACAGUUUGUAGGGAUCCCUGUUUUGUACUUGAGAUUUCGUUUGCCAGAAAUCACCAGAUUUUCAGCUGAAUUUGAUUUUCGGACCUAUGACUCAGAAGGUGUUAUACUCUAUGCAGAAUCCCUUGAUCACUCAGCAUGGUUCCUGCUUGCCCUUCGUGAUGGGAGGAUUGAAAUUCAAUUCAAAAAUGAACAUGGGACUAAAGUUACAAGUGGUGGCAAAAUUAUUAAUGAUGGACUAUGGAACAUAGUGUCUGUUGAAGAAUUAGAAAACAGUAUAAGUGUCAAAAUAGCCAAAGAAGCAGUGAUGAAUAUAAACAGCCCUUCACGUCUUUUCAAACCUACCAAUGGUUUUCUGGAAACUAAAGUGUACUUUGCAGGAUUACCUCGUACGAUGGAAAAUGGUCUUAUGAAAUUGAUUAAUCCUCGCCUAGAUGGAUGUAUUCGUGGAUGGAACUUGAUGAAUCAAGGAGCUUCAGGAGUAAAAGAAAUUAUUCAAGGAAAACAAAACAAACAUUGUUUGGUCUCUGUGGAGAAAGGCUCUUACUAUCCUGGUUCUGGAGUUGCCCAAUUUGACAUUGACUAUAAUAAUGUGCUCAUUGCUGAAGGGUGGCAGAUAAAUGUAACCUUGGAUAUCCGGCCAUCUACAGGCACUGGUGUCAUGUUUGCCUUGGUUUCUGGUGACACUGUUCCUCUUGCACUGUCCUUGGUAGACUCCAGCUCCUCAGAAUUACAGGAUGUUCUAGUAACUAUUGAAAAUACCAUUGUAUCUCGGAUGGAAGCUAAGAAAUUGUGUACUCAUGAAAACUCCAAAGUGGAACUCAGAGUCAGCAGAGGGUUGUUGGAAUUGACAAAUGGCUUUAAAGGAGAAACUAUUUACCAUGAAGAUCUGAAAACAAAACUUGCUGUCUUGGACAAAGCAAUGAUGGGAAAAAUAGCUACCUAUCUGGGUGGCAUUAAAGAUGUUCCUGUUAAUGCUACACUGGUGAAUGUCUUUUUCAAUGGAUGCAUGGAUGUGAAAAUUAAUGGCAAAGAGCUGGAUCUGGAUGAAGCUAUCUUCAAGCAGAAUGAUAUCAGAUCUCAUUCAUGUCCAACAGUUGCAAAAAACCCAAACACUUUUUAAAGCCCCUUUCCUCUACAAGAUAAGAUUUUUUUUCCCUCUGUGUGACUCAAGUUGCAACGUAAGCUGAACAGCAUCACUUGGAAUGAGCUGGGGGGAGGGAUUAUUUUCAAACCACUUUGACCCUCCCUAGGUAGAAAAAGCAUGCUCUUUACAGAAAGAACAAAACUACUUUUGUGAUACAAAUAACUUUUAAAAAAUUCUUACCUCUGUUGCCAUUAAUAACUUAAAAUAAUGAAAUGCAAAGAAUUUUUUAACUUUGAUUUUUGCCAUAUUUAGUGUUGUCUGUAUCACUUUUCUAUUUGAAAAAAGUCAAAUUUACUUUUUGUUUCCAUUAAAUAAUUUUGUGUUUGGGUAUUUGGAUUUUUCAUAUGACAGGAGAAAUAUUUGUUUUCUUUUUCAUGCUAUAUAAAAAA